UUUGACAUUGGCAAAAUCAUCGUCUGCCAACGAUGGAGCCACAAUUUAAAAAUUGAAUUGAAUUGAAUUGAAUUAUCCAUAAUUAUCAAAAAGCAUAAAACUUUCGUUACUUACUGCUUUCAACACCUUUUCUGUAUUUCCUAAGUCUUACAGGCAUUUAUUGCUGUUAUUAUAAAAUAGCACUGGUUAUUAUUCUGGAAAUAAUAGACCUGGGCAAAUAUGUCUACAGGCAUAAAUGCUGUAAAGCGUACAAGUACCGUAAUUCGUAAGAUGGCUGUAGUUACUGAUGUUGUGGAAGUGUACAAACAAGCUAUAUCCAAACAAAGGAAAAAGUUUACUGACCUCCUAAAUAGUAAUAAACCUUUACAAUACAUACUUAUAGUACCUUAUUAUUUUACAAUAGAAAAACUAGAUGACGUCAGAAAAUCUGAACUAGCUAGAAAAAUAGAAGUUGCGAAAGGAUUUUAUAGGGUAGAAAUAGCUCCACCUACAACAGCUGAGGAAAUGAUGAAGCUGCGCACUGAUAUCAGAGUGCUGAUAGAAUUUAUGAGGUCCGGGUGUUACCGAUACCUGACGGUAAAACAAGCUUGGCUGCUCUUCCUGGUAGGAACCGAGGUGACAUUGUGGUUUUUCCUUGGUGAAACUAUAGGAAAAAUGCAUUUAGUAGGCUACAAAGUUUAGACUUUUAAAAACCUUGUGGAAUGUAAUUGAAUAUAUUUCAUUAAAAUGCAAAA